GCGUCCAGAGCUAAAAGCUACAUUCACCUUCAGGUAUACUUGACCCCAACCCUUUAUGGCAGAUCAUAUGGGUAACUUGGCUUUCUUCACCCCCUUCAUCACAAAUUCCCAACAUGGCAGGCGCCAGGCGGCAACGACAACGAGUCCUACAACAAGAAAGACGCGAUGAGCCAGGCACACACGAACCGGGUCGAUAUGAGCGCCGUCUCCAAUAAGGCAACACACGGCUCCGCAAGCAUCGAUUCAAGUAAUUACGGCGGCGGAGGAAGCGAGAUGUUCAACUGCCCGGAGUCGGUCGCUUACACCGAGCACAUCGACUACCCGACUUCGACGGGCGUGAGACAUCAUGAAGAGCAGCUUAGUUCCACCGGGACCUACCAAAGCAAGGAUGUCGACAAGAGGAACGAUGGGAGUGAACAUAUUCACCGAGUUUAUGAUAACCCCAACACGGAUACACGGGUCGAGCGGGACAUUGAACGAAGGGGGGAUGGGUCCAUUACGCAUGUCCACAAGAUGUAUAGGAACGCAACUACCGGUGAUGGGUUGUGAAGAGCUGUAAAUGGGGUACCGGGGGCGAACGCACCGGGAUAUCUGAUGCUCUAGGUGUAGGCAUGCCGGAUGCCAGAAGACGGAGAAACUUGGGACUGGAGACGACGCAUGUAGAUCUCCCGCGGGGCUGUCACUCCGAAUAUGGAUAGAUUGAAAAUAAGACCCUACCUGGUAAUUUACACGUGUUACCUACU